AUGGCUCCGAUUGCUCAAAUAGAGUAUUUCCGCAUCCCACCGCGAUGGCUUUUCGUGAAGACAACUGAUGCGGACGGAAAUUACGGCUGGGGAGAGGCGUCCCUUGAAGGUCAUACAGAAGCCGUGGAGGGCUGCCUCGAUGCUUUCGCUCAGAGAUUCACCAACAUGGACGCGGACGAUAUCGAACAUAUAUGGCAGCACGGAUACAGGAUGGGUUUCUACAGGGGUGGACCGGUGCUUAUGAGCGCUCUGUCAGGCAUAGAUAUAGCACUCUGGGAUCUCAAAGGUGAGCAGACCCCGUCAUCAUUCGACUUGGUCGGUCUGACUAUCUGCGCAGCGAGACGACUCGGCCUCCCAAUCUAUCAGCUCCUUGGAGGCAAACUGCGGGAUAAGCUGAAAGUGUACGCUUGGAUCGGCGGGGACCGUCCGAGCGAUGUCGAAGUACAAGCUCGAGCUAGAAUGGCGCAAGGAUUCAAAGCUGUGAAGAUGAAUGCCACUGAGGACCUGUCGUGGCUCGACUCACCCCAUGCUUUGGACACUUCAGUCGAACGGCUAAAGACCGUCAAGUCGUUGGGAAUUGACGCUGGUGUCGACUUCCAUGGUAGAGUCCACAAAGCGAUGGCACAGCAACUCGCAUAUAAGCUAGCACCGCACGAGCCCUUAUUCAUCGAAGAGCCUCUCCUCUCCGAGCAUCCAGAGUCCGUCGCGGCGUUGUCCAAGCUUGUCCCGAUUCCCAUUGCUCUCGGUGAGCGACUACAUAGCCGGUGGGAUAUCAAGCCGUUCCUCGAAUCUGCGUCCAUCAGCAUCCUUCAACCAGAUAUUUGCCAUGUUGGUGGAAUUUCGGAGAUCCGUAGGAUUGCCACUAUGGCGGAAGCGUAUGAUGUCGCGUUGGCCCCUCAUUGUCCGUUGGGUCCCAUUGCUCUUGCGGCGAGCUUGCAGGUCGAUGCUGUCAGUGCCAACUUUGCUAUCCAGGAGAUGAGCUUGGGGAUACACUACAACGCAGGGUCAGCAGAUAUUGACACGUACAUCAAGAAUCCGGAUGUUUGGAAGGUGCAGGAUGGACUGAUUGAUAUUCUGAGUGGACCGGGUCUCGGGAUCGAGAUUGACGAAGAAAAGGUUCGAGCAGCUGCCAUAGAUGCAGCUGCUUGGAGGAGUCCGCACUUUAUAGGGCCGGGAGGAGAAUUGAGGGAGUGGUGA